AUGUCGGUCUGCCAUAACAAUGUUUUGACUGAGCCAUUUAGCUUGUUAGGUGAACAAAGAUGGCAAAAUGUGUCAUCUAAACCAAAAAUAAGAAUCUUAAUGCUAAAAAAUUUAAGUUGCUUCCUCAUAACAAGUAGGCAAAUUUGCUCGUCACUGUGGUAUUGGACAUUAAAUUUCACAAUUUUGAAAAAUACUCUAGCUGGGGGAAUUUCGAUCGUUGCUGGUUAUGUCACAGUAAUAGUUUGUCGGCACUAUGAUAUCUGGAAAACUAAAGAACUUUCGCAAAACGAUAGAAGACCAAAGUUGGAUCAUUUACGUUCCCUAACUCUGUCUCACAAUAAAAUAACGGAAAUACCUCAAGAGAUAUCAACUCUGCAAACUUUAGAACACCUGAAUCUCUUUAAUAAUUGUAUUAUGGAUAUCUCUCCAAAGAUUGUGGAGUUAACAUAUUUACGGUCUUUAAAUCUUGGGAUGAAUAAGCUGUCUGUCUUACCUCGCGGUUUCGGUGCUUUCCCUUCCCUCGAAAUUCUCGACUUGACGUAUAAUAACUUAAAAGAAACUAGUUUACCUGAUAAUUUCUUCAACUUGGUAACACUUAGAGCUCUAUACCUGUCAGACAAUGAUUUCGAACGCAUUCCACCUGGCAUUGGAAAGCUUUUGAAUUUGGAAAUAUUGGCUCUUCGUGACAAUGACCUUGUGUCACUACCAGCAGAGAUAUGUUUACUUACCAGACUAAAGGAACUCCAUCUUCAGAACAAUCGCCUUGCUGUACUGCCUCCUGAAUUAGGUAUACUUGAUCUCUGUGGGCCUAAACAGGUAGCUAAACUAUCAGGCAAUGAUUGGGUUUCACCAAUAGAGGAUCAGUUACAAGUUGGUCUCUCUCACGUCUUUGAUUAUAUUCGGUCAGAGACAUACAAAUUCUUAUACCAACGACACAUAGCAGCUGAUAAUAAACCAAGACCAAUAGCUGAUAAAUCCAAAAAAAUCAGUCGCAAAGUUCAGUGA